GGACACUGUUGACCUAGGUGUGAUCUAAUAACCAAGGUUGUGCAGUACUGUUUGUAGAUGACCUGCAUAGCUUCAGGUCUGUUGCAGAGGAGCAGCAGAAUAUUGAAAGGAUGUCCUAUAAGCACUCUAAGGCUUGUGACAGAUGGCGGUAUGAAACGUCCCAAACCACCUAGUUAUGAUUACUAUAGCAAAGGGAAUAAUUUCCUAAGAUACAUGUUAGAUAGUCUUAAAACUGGUGAUCGAUUCAAUGAUAAUAGCAGAGUAAUAAUAGUUGAAGGUAAUAUUGCCUCCGGGAAAUCUAAUGUUGCUGCUAAGUUGGCUAAACAUUUCGAUAUGGCGUAUUUCCCUGAUCCAACGGAAGAUGACAUAUAUAUUUCUAAAAUUGUCGAGCCAAAUUUUGAUCUUCGGUGUCAUAACUUUCUGCUUCCUGACUAUGCGAAAUACUACACAUGUGAAAUGUUUUGGAAUGAACCGGAUCUUAUAAACAAAGGAAAAGGAUUAUAUCUUCAGUACCACUUUUACUUAAGACGUUAUUGGAAUUACUUGAGAGCAUUAUGCCAUUUAUUUAAUACAGGUCAGGGAGUUGUGAUUGACCGAAGUCCAUUUUCAGAGUUUACAUUCGCAGAUGCUAUGUUUAAGUGCAAUUAUUUGUCAGAACGAGGAUUAUUAUGGUUCAAACAGAACCAUGCAAAGACUAUAACAAACCUCUGGAAACCGCACAUACUAGUCUACAUCAAGGCUCCUAUCAAACAAAUACGUGAAAGAAUAAAAAAACGUAAUAUCCCUUGGGAAAUAAAUGCACGCAAUCUGACUGAUGACUUUUUAAAUGCUUAUGAAGAUGUAUUGGAAAAGUAUUAUGUUGUGAAUAUGGAACGUUAUUCUCACACUCUGAAAGUUGAUGCUUCAACUAUGGAUGUUUAUGAUGAUGAUGAUAUUUAUAUUAUUGCACAAAAUGCUACUGAAAUCGAUUUAAGCGGUGAUCAUUUAAUGCGUGAUGAUUACAAACUUAUGGAAUGGCGUAAAUUGCUCAGAUAUAAAAAUGCUUUGUUAGAUUCUAGAUUUGAGUUUUCAUGUGCUCAUAGUAAAUUUAUAAGUGUUUUUGAUCAAGUUGAAUUUCCCAUGGAUAUGACUGAAUUGACAUACACUUAUGAUGCACAAGAAUUACAAGGCACAGCUGCUCGUAUGGAUCCACGUACUUGUUAUUCAUUGUCAUAUAAUCCAAGAUAUAAAAGUAUACUAGAAAUUAUGUUCAAUCCAUGGGUUGCUAAAACUAAUUUUAGUGCUGAUUUACCGAAAAGUUAUAUUUGGAAAUAACUUUUAAAGUUUUACUUUUACCCCAUACCCUACCUACACAAACACGUAUGCACACACACACACGUAUCCGCAUCUUCAUUCAUUAUGUUAACCUACCUACUUGAUGGAUGUCGGUGAUUUUUAUUCAGUGUUUAUGGUUGCUGAUUGAUCGACUGACUGACCAACCAAUCAACCAAACAGACACACAUACAGUAAAAAUAAGGGAAAUUGAGUUGUUGCUUUUUUUCAAUUUGUAUAGAAAAUCAAUGAACAUAAUAUUUAGGCUAAAAAUAGAAAAAAUCUGAAAUUUUUAUAUUUGUGUUCA